AUGAUUUAAAAUGAGAUAGCAGAAUGUAUGAAAAAAAUGACAACUUAUCUUGAUACAAAUGGAUAUAAGAAAUUUAAGCUUUUUCAAGCUUAAUCUAAUUAUUUUGAUUUGAAUUAUGAGGAGAGAAAAACAUUAUUAUAAGCUCCUUCUAUAGAUUAUUUAUGCAAAUCUAUCAUAAUGGAAAAUACAAAAUAUGAUGAUUCCUAUCCUGAUCAUUAAGUCAAUCCAAAAUAUAUAUGUGUUGUAGUUUAAUAUAUUACAAAAUUAUAAGGGGAAAAGGUAUGAAAUUUAAGAACAAUAUUAGAUAAAUAAAUAUUUUAAAUAGUUAUAGAAUCAAAAGUACCCAAAUAAAUAAAUAUCUAGAAAUAAAUUACAUUUUAGAUUAACAUCAGAUGAAGUAAAUAAUUAUUAAUUAUAUAAGAUGUCAUAUUAAUUAAGUGGAUAUCAAUUUAAUGCUAUAACACCUUUUAAUAUGAUAUAAAAUAUGCCAUUAUUGAUUUCUGAUAAAAUUUUGAAUUUAGAAUAUAUAUGGUUUGGAGGUGGACAUACAGAUGUUAAAUUGAGAAUGGAUGUUAUGAAAUGCGCACUUUCUAUCCAAAUAAGGUUUAUAAUUCAGAUAUUAUUAUGUAAUAACAAGAAUAAUGA